AAGUCACGUGACUCAACCCGGAAGUUGUUGGUUAAUAAAAUGGCGGUUGCUAGCUCUGAUGACUCUUCCAACUUUUUUGUGGCCGAAGACAUGCUCGCACACUCCAACAGUUCGAACUGGGACCCCUGUCACAGCAAAGAUUGGGAUAAAGAGAAACCAACGCCCCAGUGUAUUCUUCGGAUAAAAAGAGAUAUUAUGACAAUAUAUAAUGAACCACCUCCAGGAAUGUGUAUAGUUCCAGACAAAGAAGAUAUUACAGAAAUUCAUGCAUUAAUUACUGGACCUUUUGAUACGCCUUAUGAAGGAGGUUUCUUCUACUUUCUAAUUCGGUGUCCCCCAGAUUACCCCAUCAGACCUCCACGAGUAAAACUAAUGACUACUGGUGAUGGUCGAGUCCGUUUUAACCCUAACCUUUACAGAAGUGGCAAGGUGUGUUUAAGUAUCAUAGGGACCUGGAGUGGCCCAUCCUGGAGUCCUGCUCAGUCUCUUUCCAGCAUUCUGAUAUCCAUCCAGUCUUUAAUGAACGACAAACCAUAUCACAAUGAGCCGGGUUUUGAGCAGGAGCGUAAUGUUGGUGAUGCUAAACGGUAUAAUGAUGUGAUACAGCACGAGUCUCUACGGGUUGCAGUUUGUGAUAUGUUGGAAGAACGAUGUACCUGUCCUCAAGCACUUCGAGAAGUGAUGGAAAAGUCCUUCCCCACGUAUUAUGAUUAUUAUGAAUCUGUAUGUAAAGCCAACCUCAUGAAGCAGGGGCAGACAAUGUUGGAUCCUUUCGGUGACAAACGAGGCUCAUUUGACUAUCAGUCUAUCUUAAAGAGGCUCCAUGCCAUCAAGAAGAAACUAGAAGAGAAACAAAUAGCAUCGGAUGAAGAAGGGUCAUCAGACUCAGAAAGUGACAUUGUGAAUGACUCCAGUCAAAGCUGAUGUUUGUCGCCCACUACAAGUGACUGGACAACCAUCAAUUGGAGGCAGUGGGGUGGGACACAGAUGGACUACAAUGAUAAGUUGUGUUGCUGUUGGCUGCCAAAAGUACAUCAUUACUAUGGCUACAGAACACCUCUCUCUCUCUCUCUCUCUCUCUCUCUCUCUCUCUCUCUCUCUCUCUCUCUCUCUUUCUUUCUCUCUCCUCCCUUACCUUGAUUCAUUGUGAUAUGAGCUUCAGACAGUCUCAAUGUAUAAAUCCGGUAAACCUCUUUUUUUUUUUCUUAACCCUCCCACUUGUCCAGCCAUACAUACACACAUGCAUGUGCUUCUUGUUUCCUCUUUCCCUUUCUUCAUUGUCCUUUGCAGUGUGGAAAUGGUAAUGAGCAGGGAGCAUUUGUUAAAUCUGAAGACCUGAAGAUCUCCUACUUUCCGCUCUUUUCCAACUUAAAGCAACCACCCUGCUGGUUUGUCCAGCUGUUGUUGCUUUAUGUCUGUAUAUAAGGUUGGUGGAACAAACAGGAAAAAAAUAGAACUCAAUACAUGAAUAUAUUUUCAAUUAAUAGAAAAGUUACAAAAGUGACUCAAGGGCCAACAGUUUUGUUCAUACCACUUAUAAAAAUUUGGUAAGUCCUGCGUGCAAAACUCUUAGACCUUGCAUCAUAUUUGUACUUCUCUGUUGAUGUAUGUUUGUGUGUGUGUGUGUGUAUGUGGGGGUGGUUUUUGUGUAUGUAUAUGUGAGUUCUGGUUUUGUUUUAGAAACUUCUCACCAAUACAAAUUGUCUCCAGUCUAGAAACAAGGCUCUCUCAAUGGAAUCUUGACUACAUCAAUUAGGUAGCCACGCAUGAUUGUGCAUGCGAACAUAUCGUUAUGUGUGAAGUUGUGCAUAUAUCUGUGUGUGUAUCUUAUUUUUUAAGCUGAAAGUCCUUCAGUAAUUUUUCAUAUGCUAGUUUCGUGUGUAACACAUAAAAGUGAAAACUGUCCAUUUUUAGAAUGCUAUUUCUAGCUAAUAAAGAAUAUUCUGAUAGAUUCUGGAAAACAUUGAUUAGGCCCACACUGUAAACAGUGCAUAAAUUUGAAUUCUAAUAUAAAUGAUCAAUCAAAAUAAUAUUAAGGCUUUAAUAGUUAAUUUAAUU